AUGGCACGAGAGAUAGGCAAAUUGGUGGACUUCGAUCCAGAAAUACAGCUAUGGGAAGACUACGCCAACCAAUUCGAGUUUUAUCUUGAUGCCAACAGCAUCACUAAGGAAGACCAAAUCAAACUGAAAAAGGUAAACGAAGACCAUGUUUUAAUAUCACUGGACGUAGUAUCUCUUUUUACUAAUGCUCAUAACAGUUUAAUAAGGAAAAUCAUCAUUGAGCGGUGGGAUGAAAUCCAGAAAUUUGUGCAAUUAGACCAGACUACUCUACUAGAGCUUAUUGAUUUUUGUUACGACUCGGGAUAUUUCGUGUUUGAUGGCAAUUUUUACCUUCAGAAGGAAGGAUGUGCUAUGGGGAGUCCAGCAAGUCCUUCAAUUGCCAUCAUUGCAGUAGAUUAUGUUGUUUCAAUGGCGUUGACUCACCUUGACUUUGAAAUUCCGAUUAUUAAGUCGUAUGUUGAUGAUCUCUUCGCAGUGAUUCCAAAGGAUAAAGUAGACAGCAUCUUAGAUGUGUUUAAUAGUGUUGACAAGGACAUCCAGUUUACCUUGGAAGUUGAGAAUAACGGGAAGUUGCCUUUUUUGGACAUACUAAUAGAAAGAUCAGAAGAUGGUGAUCUUAUAACUUCUUGGUUCAAGAAACCGUACAGCUCAGGAAGAAUUUUGAAUUUUAAUUCCAAUCAUCCAUUGAACCAGAAAUUGGGGGUUGCAAAAGGGUUUUUGAACAGAGCCAUGCGCUUGAGUCAUGUGAACAAGACCAAGGAAAGUAUUCGCAUGGUUAGAAGAUUACUGUCAUCUAACAAUUAUCCAAACAAGAUCAUCAGCAAGUGUGAGAAAAUUGUGUCCGAGAGGAUUAGAAACAACAUCAGGAGCAACAAUGUCAACAGGAAUUGGUCGUUUAGCAGAUUUCCCUACAUAAAAGGCUUGUCACCAAGACUGGGAUCUUUAUUUAGGCACACCAACUGCAAGUUGGUAUUCUAUAAUGUAUUCAAGGUUAAGGAUCUAUUUUCCCGGCUAAAAGACAAAGUGGAGAAAGAAGAUAGAUCUGGCCUGGUAUACAGGAUUCCGUGGUCGUGUGGAAAAUGGUAUGUUGGACAGACCAGGCAAAAAUUAAAAGCCAGAGUGAGACAACACAAACUUGACUGCAGACCUGAGAAGUCCAUAAAAAACAACAAAACAGCAUUAGCCGAACAUCACUUUGUUGAGGAUGGUCAUAACUUUCAGUUCAAGGAUGUUGAGAUUUUAGAUCUGGAGAAAAAUUACAUGAAGAGAAACCUAAGUGAAAUGAUUUUUAUUAAGGCGAUGAAUUGUGUCAAUUUUAGAUCCGACACGCAAAACCUCAGUACAAUUUACAGUGACCUGAUAAAUGAUGUUAAGGAUUUAGUGAAGUCAUAG